AUGCCUAAAGUGUUUGCAGCAAAAGUCAAAAACGUCCUUUCCGGGGAUACUUUGGUCCUAAGUCCAGUUGGUGGAAAAAGCCACCAGGAGAGAAUCCUCACUUUGGCACACAUACAGGCCCCCAGACUCCAAAGCAACGAGAAGUACGCAUUCGAGUCACGCGAGCUUUUGCGGAAGCUGCUCGUGGGCAAGCCGAUCCGGUUUUGGGUGAUGUACGAGGGUCGAACCGGGGACAGAGAGUUCGGAGAUGUGUCGUCGCCAGUUUUUUCCUCGUUGAUCCAAUAUGUGUUGGAAAAGGGAGGUGCGCGUCUCCGGGGCAACCUGGGAAGCGGGGAGGCGGAGGAGGAGGACCCGGAGAUGGAGAAACUUCGGGACGCGGAGGCGUUGGCAAAAAAAGAGAAGGCCGGAAUGUGGUCUUCAGAUGUGGAGCCUAUUGAGAUGGUUUCGAGGCCCACAGAGGCCCAGAUCGGCCGGUCUGCAGUUCGUGCGAUCCCGGCAAUUGUCGAGAGAGUGAUCAGCGGCGACCGGGUGAUUGUCCGGCUGCUUUUGGGGGGAUCCCCGCGGCAGCAGGCGGUGAUUCCAGUCCUUAUUGCGGGAAUCAAGUGUCCACGCACCGGGGGCAAAGACGGGGGGCCCUCGGAGCCUUAUGCGGACGGGGCGAAGUUCUUCGUCGAGGAUAGGCUUCUUGGCACGCAGGUCGGGGUGUGUGUGUUGGGAGAAUCGGCAUCUGGUGUCUUAAUUGCCAAAAUUGUGCAUCCGUCCGGUAACAUCUCGGACCGGCUGCUAGAGGAGGGAUACGCGGAGAUCGCGGACUGGCAGUCGGAGAUGAUCGGGUCGAAGGGCAUGGCGGUGCUCCGGAAGGCCGAAAGAUCGGCUAUGGGUGCCGGAAAGCGGCUCUGGAAGGCAUCCAAGGAAAAAAGGCAGCUGGAAAAGGAUUCUGCCGGUGUUGGUGAGGCGAAACUUUCAGCAGGCGGCAGUUUCUCGGCCACUGUGGUCCGGGUAAUCUCUGCGGACACGCUGGAGUUGGAGUCGAAGGCGGGAAAGUCGAUUGUGUGCCAGCUGGCGUACCUCCGGGGCCCCCGGCAGUCAGAUGAGAAAACUUCGGCGUUUGUGGAUGCAGCCCGGGAGUUUGUGCGUGGCAGAGUGAUCGGUAAGAAGGUGAGGUGCACGGUGGAGUUCGUGAGGCCGGCCACAGACCAGUUUGAGGAAAGACCGAUGGUGACAAUCGUGCAUCAUGGAUCGAAGAAUCUAUCGGAGGAAAUCGUGAGUGCCGGAUUGGCGUACGUGUUAAGGCGGCGGGUGGACGGAAGCGAGUUCCCCGAGUACUGGGACCGGAUGGUGGAGCAGGAGGCAGAGGCCAAAAAGCAGCAUGUUGGAUUUUACGGCGAGCCACCGGAAACCCGGCGUGUGGUUGAUGCCUCCGAGAGCUCUGCAAAGGCCCACCGGUAUCUCUUCACGCUUGAGCACCACGGCCGGGUCGCCGGUGUCGUCGAGAGGGCUCUUUCUCCGACGAGGUUCCGCGUUGAUGUCCCCGCGGAGAGUGUCCGGCUAGUUUUGGUGCUAGGAGGUCUCGAGGGCCAUUCUGCAGACGACAGGGACAGGGACAGCGACUUGAACAAAAAGGCGUUUGCACUCACGGCCAGGAAAACCACCCAGCGCGAUGUGAGUAUCGAGGUGUACGGUGUGGACCGCCAGGGUGGGUUCAUCGGCAAUUUGUACCUUGCCGGGUCCUCGGCACCGUUCCAGGUCUCACUUCUAGAAGAUGGUUUCGCCAAGUGCCACGAGCGGUCUGUCGCACAAACACACCACGGAGAUGAGCUUCUGGCUGCGGAAUCUGCCGCGAAAUCCGCCCGAAAGGGUGUCUGGCAGAACUACGACGAGGCUGCGGAAGCCGAGGCCAACUUGGAGUCGUUGCAGCAAGGUGUUGCAGCUUUGAAGAUCGUGAAAAAGUACUACGAUGCCAAAGUUUCCGAGGUGUUCGCAGAUGGCCGCGUUGCAAUCCAGUUCCUGGACUCGCAGAGGCUCAAGUUGAAGGCCUUCAUGCAGAAAUUCCAUGCUGCAUCGUCCUCCUGGCCCGCUUUGUCGGCUAACCCUCGCAGAGGCCAGAUUGUGGCCUCCAAGUUCUCGCAGAAUGGAAAGUACUACAGGGGGAAAGUGCUGGGCCGCGGUUCGAACCCUGGUGAGUACCAAAUCCUCCAGAUCGACUACGGCACCAUCGAGACUCUCAAGCUUUCCGAUCUCAAGGAAAUUGUCGGUUCCGAGUUCUCGGCCACCACCUACAAGCCGCAGGCUCACAUUGUGCAGCUGUCGCUCAUCUCGUUCCCUCCGGAAUCCCAGCCUGAGUACAGGCAGGAGGCCCAGUACUACUUGGAGGACAAAGUUCUCGACCAGCAAGUUGUUGCAUGCGAGACUUUCGCCAACCCUGCUGCUGGUGUAGAGAUGGACGUCGAGCUCUAUGAUACCGCUGCAAUUGCCAAGGAUCCGGACUGGUCCAUCAACAAGGAGCUUGUGCAGAAGGGCUGGGCCAUUGUGAAAAAGCACCACCUUGCAUCUUUUGAAAAGGCUCUCCAAGGUGAGCGUUCUGCGUUGUUGAAGCUCGAAAAUACGGCCAGAGCUACACAUGCCGGAUGCUGGGAGUACGGUGAUGUCGAGGACGACGACAACUAA